UGUGGAUGCCACUAUUAUUGGACUAGAGAGUACACAGAAUAUCACGGAUAAUGAAUAUGAAUUUGCAGAGACCUUUUGAUUACUGGAAAUCACCCAGUCACAUUUUGGACUUUAUUCUGUUGGUCAUGGCUUUGAUGACAGAAUUAGUACCAGAGUCUGAUAAUGACAGCACUACUAGCUCUGUCUUGAAGAUGCUCCGCACUGCCAGGACAUUGAAGACUCUUAAACUUAUAUCUUACAUCGAAGGCCUUAAGGCGUUGAGCAAAGCUAUGGUAAGGAUGAUGAAGAAUGUUGUCAGUGCCAUAGCCCUGUUGUUCAUGUGGAUGUUUGUCUUUGCCAUGUUGGGUAGCCAUUUUUUUGGAGAUGAGGAGGAUGGCGAUCUAGAGAACUGGGGCACUUUUGCUCUGGCAAUGUUCACACUAUUCAGCUUAGUAACGGUGGAUGGAUGGACCGAUGUCAGUGAUCGCCUGGUUGAGUUUCAGUUUGAAUACAGCUACUGGUUUGUCAUAACAUUCGUUGUGAUCGCAUACUUCCUGUUAUUUAGCAUGUUUGUUGCUGUUGUCAUCAUGGAGAUUCAGAAUUCCACUGUAGAUGAUCGCGAACAAAACCUGGCCAAACGAAAAAUUACUGAGUCUGAGAUGAGGAGGAAAGUUUUAGAAAAAGAAAAGCAGGGGCUUAUGAAUCUUUAUCAGAAACCGGAAAGCAAAUACUACAAGAAUUUAACAGCUCUAAUCAAUGACCUGAAGAACACUUAUCAUCCUGGCGAUGAAGUAGUCACGGAGGACCUGUGUACCAGUUUGUCUUUCAUUGGAACCUAUUUAACAACUCUGGAUUUAUUUGACAAAAACGUUCAGAUUUUAUAUGAAAAGCCUAGCACUGUCCCGGAGUUUCUUCAAGCUGUUCAGUAUCAUUUUCUAUGGGGCGCACAGGUUAAUGGGAGUGUGGCCCAGCUGCUAGAGGUCUGGACUGAAAGAUUACAGGAUCUCUACCAAAAAGCAGCCUUUGUUCUAAGUCACAUUAUGGAAGAGGACAUAAAGCUAAAUGAACCUGAAAUUGUCAAGCAGCCUGAUUCUUCAAAAAAGCCAGAUGCAGCGCCUCCUGGUCUGGGAUCCAUUAUAUCUGCCACUCUGAGAGCAAGAUCUAAAGCAGCAGAAGUGAUAAAGAAAGCUUGGCCUUGA